CGUGGGUUCAGCCGAAUGAGAAGCAAAACCACACUUCCGAAAAUGUUAGGAGCUGCCCUUCGCUUGCUGUGAGGCCUCCGGAUCCGGAGCUGGUUUUCAAAUGAGAGCCUAUCUACUGAAUGGAAUUUUCAUAUUUCGCUGUCAUUUUGAUGCUCUCCUCUGGGCUUCAUCACUUCUACCAGGCACUUCCUGCGAGAAUGGGGGCAGGCGCUCUCGCCAUCUGUCAAAGUAAAGCAGCGGUUCGGCUGAAAGAAGACAUGAAAAAGAUAGUGGCGGUGCCACUAAAUGACCCGAGGAGCUCGACCUAUAAGAAGUUAUUUGGAGUCAGCCUCCAAGAUCUUCAGCAGCAGGGGCUCACGGAGAACGGUGUUCCAGCUAUAGUGGGGACUAUAGUGGAGUACUUGGUGAAGCAUGGACUCACCCAGGAAGGCCUCUUCAGGGUGAAUGGCAACGUGAAAGUGGUGGAACAGCUCCGAUGGAAGUUUGAGAGUGGAGCCCCGGUGGAGCUUGGGAAAGACGGGGAUGUCUGCUCAGCGGCCAGUCUGUUGAAGCUCUUCCUCCGGGAGCUGCCAGGGAGCGUGGUCACCGCAGCCCUGCACCCUCGAUUCGUUCAGCUCUUUCAGGAUGACAGAAAUGAUGCUCAGGAGAGUAGCUUAAGAGACUUAAUAAAAGAGCUGCCUGACACCCACUACUGCCUCCUCAAGUACCUAUGCCAGUUCUUGACAAAAGUAGCCAAGCACCAUGUGCAGAACCGCAUGAAUGUUCACAAUCUCGCCACUGUAUUUGGGCCAAAUUGCUUUCAUGUGCCACCUGGGCUUGAAGGCAUGAAAGAACAAGACAUCUGCAACAAGAUAAUGGCUAAAUUACUAGAAAAUUAUAAUACUCUGUUUGAAGUAGAGUAUACAGAAAAUGAUAACCAGAGAUGUGAAAACCUGGCUAGGCUUAUCAUAGUAAAGGAAGCCAGUUGUAAGAACCCCUUACCUAACAUCCUUCAAACAAAAGACUUAGAAAGAGAUAUGCAAAAACCAUCUCCAAAAUCCAGGAUCCCCAAAUCCAGGAGUGAGGGAGCUCUUCAGGCUCACAGAGUUCCACAACCAGAGCUCUGUGAUGGCGUCCCUCAGGUCAGCCUGUGGCUAAGUCGUAGAAAACCCUGCUGGGAUGACAUGAAUUCAGCAGAGGAUGCUAAUGUUGCAAAGCUGGUAUCCAGCCUAUGCCUGCCUUUGAUUAUAAACCUCCUGAAGGCAAGGAGCAGUUCACAGGAAGAUGAAAGACCUAUGUCACCUUUCUAUUUGAGCACGCAUGUAUCCCAAGUCAGCAAUGUUUCAGCAACUGGAGAACUCUUGGAAAGAACCAUCCGGUCAGCAGUAGAACAGCAUCUUUUUGAUGUUAACAGCUCUGGAGGCCAAAGUUCAGAGGAUUCAGAAUCAGGAACGUCAUCAGCAUCUCUGGCCCUGUCUGCCAGACAGCGCCGCCGCCAGUCCAAAGAGCAGGAUGAAGUCCGACGUGGCAGAGACGUGGGACUUAUCAACAAAGAAAAUAUUCCUUCUGGGUUCAACAGCCUUGAAGAUUGUAUUUUGAAUGCUCAGGAAGUGGAAAAAUUGUAUGAGAAUACUUCUGGUUAUAUUGGAGAACGGGGCAAACCUAAACGUCAGAAAUCAAGUUCCAAACUUUCUGAACUCAGUGAAAACCAAGAUGGUCUUGUGAAUAUGGAAAGCCCCAAUUCCACACCUUCUCAUGAGAGGGCUGGACCUGACAAUGUUGAACUGAUGUCUGAUGAAAGUAAAGAAGAUGAAAAAGACAGCGGACAUACCCAGCAUUUUGAGACCCCCACAAUGAAGAUUCAGGAGCACCCGGGCAUACCUGACACCAAACUGCAGAGGACUCCAGAUGCCGAAGACCAGCGGGAGAGCUUCGUCUCCCAAGUGCCUGAGCUCGACCUGACUGCAUUGUGUGAUGACAAGAGCUGGGAAGAGCCCAUCCCUACCUUCUCAUGGCAGCAGGAGAACGUGGACUCUGAUGAAGCACGCCUCUCCCCGCAGGCCGGACGCCUGAUUCGCCAGCUUCUGGAUGAAGACAGUGACCCCAUGCUCUCUCCUCGGUUCUACGCUUAUGGGCAGAGCAGGCAAUACCUGGAUGACACGGAAGUGCCUCCUUCUCCCCCAAAUUCCCAUUCUUUCAUGAGGCGCCGGAGCUCCUCUCUCGGGUCCUAUGAUGAUGAGCGGGAGGACCUGACACCGGCCCAGCUCACGCGAAGGAUUCAGAACCUUAAAAAGAAGAUCCGAAAGUUCGAAGAUAGAUUUGAAGAGGAGAGGAAGUACAGACCUUCCCACAGUGACAAAGCAGCCAAUCCAGAGGUUCUAAAAUGGACAAAUGACCUUGCCAAAUUCCGGAAACAGCUUAAAGAGUCCAAACUAAAGAUAUCAGAAGAGGACCUAACCCCCAGGAUGCGGCAGCGAAGCAACACACUGCCCAAGAGUUUCGGCUCCCAGCUUGAGAAAGAAGACGAGAAGAAGCAAGAGCUCAUCGAUAAAGCCAUAAAGCCCAGCGUCGAGGCCACCCUGGAAUCCAUCCAGAGGAAGCUCCAGGAGAAGCGGGCAGAAAGCAGCCGUCCUGAGGACAUUAAGGAUAUGACCAAAGACCAGAUUGCCAACGAGAAAGUGGCCCUGCAGAAAGCUCUGUUAUAUUACGAAAGCAUUCAUGGGCGGCCGGUAAGCAAGAACGAGCGUCAGGUCAUGAAGCCACUGUAUGACAGAUACCGGCUGGUCAAACAGAUCCUGUCCCGAGCCAACACCAUCCCCAUCAUUGGAUCCCCCUCCAGCAAGCGGAGAAGCCCUUUGCUGCAGCCAAUUAUCGAGGGCGAAACGGCUUCCUUCUUCAAGGAGAUAAAGGAAGAAGAUGAGGGUUCGGAGGAUGAUAGUAACACGAAGCCAGACUUCACGGUCACUCUGAAGACUGAUUUCAGUGCACGCUGCUUCCUGGACCAAUUUGAAGAUGAUGCUGAUGGGUUUAUUUCCCCAAUGGAUGAUAAAAUACCAUCGAAGUGCAGCCAGGACACCGGGCUUUCAAAUCUCCAUGCUGCUUCAAUACCAGAACUCUUGGAACACCUGCAGGAAAUGAGAGAAGAAAAGAAAAGGAUUCGAAAGAAACUCCGUGAUUUUGAAGACAAUUUUUUCAGACAAAAUGGAAGAAAUGUCCAGAAGGAAGACCGCACUCCCAUGGCUGAAGAAUACAGUGAAUAUAAGCACAUAAAGGCAAAACUAAGGCUCUUGGAGGUGCUCAUCAGCAAGAGAGACAUUGAUUCCAAGUCCAUGUGAGGGGACAGCCCCAGCCCGCGCGGAGGGGCUACAGGAGCAAGCUGAGCUUGGCGCCCGCCUCCCCUCGUCAACAGCCGCUCUGCACAAACUGGAAGGCAGCCUUGGAGCUGGACCUGCAAAGCAUGUAGCCCUUUGGCCUCCAGGCCUUUGGGAUCAGUCCAUUUUCGCUGCCAGCCUCAGAAACUGCCUGGAUGGAAGAAGGCAGCCUGCCUGGAUUUAAGAAUUUUGUAAGGAAAAGUCAAGAUCCCCCAGGUGCACAGAGACACGAGGGGAAGAUUUCCUAACGCUGGCAGUGACGAAUCACUCCGUGGAGACAUACUCAUCUACAGAGAACGUGCACAGUUCUUCCCUUGGAUAACUGAGGAACAUGUCUACUGUGAUAACAAGAAACAAAGCCCAGCUCAGGACUCCACUCUGAAGAGCGAACUCGCCGUGCGUGUCCAUGUCCUCUUUGCACCCGGUAAAGUGGGAACAGGCGUCAGAGCCCUAUUUGCUGCCUUGGCCAUUCUCGUGAGCUUCCCACAGAGCUGCACCUCUCCCCCUCGUGCGACUUGUUCCCCUUAGGUUCUCAGGUAGACGGAAGCCGCGUCUGCCCGGCACGGCGAUGCAGUCGUCUGUUGGACGGUGUGUUGCUUCAGGACUUCUUCAGCUGACGAAGAAUUGUGAUCCCUGAGUAGGACUGGAUCAUUUGCAGAGGACAGAGGGAAUAUAGCUAUAGUCAUGCUGAUUUUUUAAAUCAGGCAACAGGGUGAAGAGCCUCGAAAAUUCCUUCCUGGACAUAGAUUGCACUUAAUCAGUCUCAGAUUUUCACAUCCAACACUAAGCAAGGCCAGCAUGCUACAGCAUCCUCUUUGGGGCUUGGUUUCAAUUUUGACUCUAGCCAAACCUAAAGGAUCUUGCUUAAUUCUUAGCUUAAGUAUUGAGGAUCAUGAGAAAGAGAGAGAGUAAGAAGAGCCUGUGUUCUAAGCCUUCUGAGUUCUUAUCAGAGUUUAAUGGUUUUUGUUUUUGUUUUUGUUUUUUAAGUAAACCUGCACUAAAAUCCCCUCACCAAGGGGGUAAAUGUAGCCCUCAGAACUCAGCCCAAGGCCGAAUCUAAAUCACACUAUUUUCAAGAUCAUGUGUAAAGAGUAAAAGAAUGGUGUGUGGUCACUUAGGAUUAUAAUUUUUUCAGAGACUGUGUCACAAAGCUGUCUAUAUUAGACAUUUGGGGAAGACCAGGGAAUUUAAAACACCGAAUUCUUCAUCUCUUCACUGUGCUGAUGUCACCUUGUGAUUUUCACCUUCCAUGUCUGCACCGAGGAAAGUGAAUUCUGUCUCUGCCUGUUGGUCCAAGGCCUCCGUUUGCGCUCUGUGGGCUGGAGCACAGGUGUCCACACACCAGCCGCCGGCUGCCUAGAGAAGGCACUUUGGCGGGAUUGCCUGUUGAAGAUAAUGUCACAGGGGGAGCAGGAGAGCAAGGCUGCUGCCCUCCUGUUGGCUUUGAGAGAUACCUUCCUCAAGGGUACCAUUGUGUUCGGUGUGGUAAGAAGAAGAAAAUAAAAAUGUAAAACUCUACUGACCCGUCGUCAGUUUCAAAAUGGGUUCUUGAGAAACUGGUCAGAUUGUAGUGAUAGCACUGUUUUCCAUUGCUGAAGUGAGGUAGAAGCUGUCAGUUGACAAUUGUUCUAAGUCGGGAAUAGGGGGAAAAGAAUACCUUUAUGUUUGCUCUUAAAAAUAAUCAUAUAGAAGCAUGAGCUGUGUGUUGGAAGUGCCCUGUGUUAAUCCACACAUUUAAAGACGGUACAUAAUCUACAGAUUUAAAUGUACGUGAAUCUAUAGUUUGGUAUUCUUUGCUCUACUGUUUACAUUGCAGAUCACUAUAAUUUCAAGGAGUUAUAUUAUAAAUAAAAUUAAGCACUUUAGGACGUUUUCUAUUUUUGAAAUCUGAACAUGAAUCAUUCACAUGACCAAAAAUUGUAUUUUUUAAAAGAAAUCCAUGUCUAGUCUGUCCUUUUUGAGUAAUUUUUCUCUUAAAUAAGCUAUAAUACAAAUCAAAUCAUUACCAGUUAACCUUUAAAGCACAUCUGUUUAAUAAGAGUAUUGUUUUGAAAAUACUAAUACGCUACAGAAUUUUAAAACAUGCUAUAUAUAAAUGAGGAGCUACUAAAUGUUUGAAAUCUAUUGUUUCUGCCGAAGGUAAAUUAAAUAAAAGAUUUAUCCAGGACUCCCCAUUCAAAUUUGUAUGAUUAAAUAAAAGAAAACACCAAGUUACAGUCAAAUAAAUUGUGUAUGGAAUGUCAUGUUUUCCUUUGUAAUUUCUCCUCUAUAUUAAUUUCAUAGAAGGGCACCCAGAUUAAGGGCGGAAAAGCCCUGUUUAUACUCGAUCCUAUUUGAAGACAUGGCAGUAGGUGACGGCUCUGCCAGAAAUGCUGAGGCAAAUUUGUUUCCACAGCAACCAUUUCUGUAGCCCAGGGUCUCAAGGCUCUAGAGGCGUCGUCUUAAUUGGCUUCAUACAGAAGGCUCUGGACGGGGGUUUUUCCUUUGCUCUCUUGGGAAUGUGUGUGUGUGUUUAUUAGCACACGCCAACAAAAGAAAUGUCAGGUGUUUUUUAAUAACAACGAUAAGUAAAGGUGAAGCAUGAAUAAACUUGAUUGUAUGAUUGUAAGAAUUAGAAAUAGCAGAGGCUUGUCAUUUUCACAAGCAUUUGCUUUUUGUGUGUUCAGGAGUAAACAUUGAAAUGGAUGUUUAUGUUCUGUCGGUAUGGUAUCAUUACUGCAUUUCAUCUCUGAAUCAUUCGGUUUGAAUUUGCUCUUCAGACAUGUAUGUGCAAGGUUUAGGAGAAGGGCCUGCUUAGAAGUUUUUCAGACGGCUGCUUUGUCUUGUGCUAGUAGAAGCAAGCUCACACAACCUCAGUGAUCUCCCUGAAUUCAGGGGAAAUUUCCAUAGAAGACCAAACCAAAUUUCAUACUGGAGAACUGAUUUGUUUUUCUUUUAAUUCCUAGCCAUAAUGCAUGGAGAGCUAAAAAUUAGAUUUCUUCCCUCUCGUUGCUAGUUUGAAGUCAAAUCUUACCACUCAUCAUAUAGGCGGGGAUCAGCCACGUCUCUAUUUGUAACAUUAGUGUAAGUCUUGCUUCGUCUCAUUCUGAUGCAAUGCUUGCGUGGUAUCCGAAGAGGCUGUCCCAGGUGUGGCACUUCUAGCCCAGGACAAGUGUCACAAGGCUGUGCUAGACUCAUAAAUACUGCACUGAGCUGUCCUGAGGCGAGCAGUCUUAGAGCCCCCUGAGGGCUGAGCAUUUGUGAAUGUGGUUGAGCUUGGAAUUCCUAAAAAGGUGACUACUUAGGUUUAUCAAAGGGGCCGCCAUGGUAUCGAUUACAUUGGUUCUUUCUAGAACUUCCUAUUUCUCAGCAGACAGAACUGGGCCCAGUAUACAGAACUGGUCCAAUUUACAAGGAAAAUCAGAUUUUAGUUUGUUGAUUCACCUUUUCAAAGAGAUUCUUAAUCUGAUCAUGAAGAUGCCACUUUUCUUAACCUUAUUACUUUUGAUGCCAUAAACUAUCAACUGCUUUAUGAAACGUUGGCUGUAGUCUAAAUUCUGUCUUGCAUUCAAGAAGGAUCUUCCCAACGCACUGCUUCCUGGAGGGUUUUUUUCACGCCUUGGUGGGGGGAGAUGGUUUCUGCACUAAGACCAACACCUCCUUUACAUUCUUUUUCAGUAUCCACUUGGGUACAUCCAAAGGGAGAGAGGACACCAUACUAAAGUAUGAAGCCUUUAGGUGCAGCAGAACUCACAAAGUGCUUUCUUUCCCUUUAUUCCCUUCUUUUAUUUUUCCUCCGCUUGACCCUCAAAAUGACCUGAAGAGUACAUUUUGCCAUAAGAGUAGCUAAACGUAUUUUCAAAUGUUUAUUCAGAUGGUGCAUCCUAACACUUCACACGGUCAAUGAGGCAAGCUCACAAUGAGAGCGUGUGUGUGGCAGGUGCAGCCUCGUGGCGUUGGCCCUUGGCGGAGUAGGACCGUGCCCCUGGGGCAUCUGCAUUCCUCUGCUAUAUGAUCCUUCAUAAUAAAAGUGUGGACAUCGGCAGAGAUCAGUUACAGAUCUACACAAACGUGUGUGUAAAAUGAAAUAUCUCCAGCUCCAAGUCACUAUGGCUGAGACGUCACAAUUCCAUCUCUGGAGAUGCUCGUCUGCCCGGAAUCUGCCCUGUCGGGCUCCUGCACGUGGCUGGAGAAAUCGGUGAGGCAGAUCUGAUUCUCAAUCUGAAAGCACGUAUACGUGCUGUCACGAAAAUCUCCAAGAGUAGAUACAAUCUUCGUUAAUAAUAUGGGCCCAGAACAAUGUUUACACGAAAUGUGAGCAGAACGUGUUUGAAAUUACAGUUGUCCUUUUUUAAAAUGCAAACCGAAUGAAAAAUGUUGUGCACACUUUUGUACAUGACUGUAUUUUGUAUAAACUUAAAUAAAAUAUUUUUCACUGUGA